GAAUAGAAAUGCGGAGUUGAGACUGGAAUUACCUUGUAACACGAGGAUGGUUUGACCAGUGAAACUUACAAGUAGUUUACUCCAUUGGAUUUAAGUAUUGUAGGGGUAUCCAUGUCAGUUGUUAACUGAUGCGUCUACAUUACUGAUCUUUCGACAUAACGUCCGCCGUCUAUAGAGGAGGAAGAAAGCGCCAGAUGCAGACUGCACUGAUACCUCGAGCUUCAUUUCUUUGUGCCUUUCCUGCACGAAGAUUGAUUUCAACUAAAGCAGAUUCCACAGUUGAUCGAAUAUUACGUGUCGACCAUGCUGGUGAACUUGGUGCUGAUCGAAUUUAUGCUGGACAAAUGGCUGUUUUAGGAAACAGCCCUGUCGGUGCAACAAUUCAACACAUGUGGGAUCAAGAAAAGGCUCACCUGGCCAAAUUUGAAGAUUUAAUUCGUAAACGCCGUGCAAGACCGACUGUCAUGUUGCCACUGUGGAAUAUUGCAGGAUUUGCACUUGGUGCAGGUAGUGCUCUCUUAGGUCCUAAAGCUGCAAUGGCGUGCACGGUAGCUGUAGAAUCUGUAAUUGUUGAACAUUAUGACAGCCAAUUGCGUGAGCUUGUUGGAAAGCAGAACGAAGCUGUGGAUCAAGAACUGCUUGAGACUAUUCGACAGUUUCGAGAUGACGAGCAAGACCAUCAUGAUACAGGCCUUGCACAUGAAGCAGAAGCUGCACCCUUCUACAAUGUACUCACUGCUGUCAUCAAAGUGGGAUGUCGUACAGCUAUUGCCAUAUCUGAGGCCGUGUAAGAAAUGGUUGAAUUAACUGUUAUUGUAAACCUGUUGUCUGCUGUUUACCAGAGAGUUUCAAUGUCAUUAUUGUAAAAUUGUCAGGAUAAGGUCUGUAAAACAGAAAAUUUUGCACAAGAAGAAA